AUGCGUUCCACUUACCUUUUCUUAUCCGUGGCUGCUCCAUUGGUCUUGGCCUUUGUUAUCCCCGAUGAGAGCAUCCUUGAGAUAGUCUCUGAGACCCAUUCAGCCGGGUGUGAACAGGUGUCUCAGGCAGAUGUUGAUACGAGCCUGCUGGAAAUCUCGCCGGAUAAACAUAGAAGCCCAGGCGGCGAUGGAUAUUGGCAUGAUGAUGACGAAUAUUCCAAGCAUGGCGAUUGGCCUGGACAUGGAGGCUGGGGAAGACAUGGAGACUGGCCCCAUGACGAUGAAGCCCCCGAGCACGGCGAUUGGCCGGGCUACGACGAAGAUCCGCACGGGAGGUGGCCCGGCGACGACGAACGACCUGGGUAUGGACGACGACCCGGACACGGAGGAUGGCCUGGACACCGCGAUGAUGGCGAAGGCAGAUACCGGCGAAUCGACGCCUGCCCGGGCCCGCUCUGCCGCGCAGAUAAAACAACGUGGGAGCUGAUUAAAGAAAGCGAGCAUACAUCCCACCUUGCCGAGCUCAUCGCUGGAAAUAAAGACCUGAUCGAGAUCCUGAACAGUACGACGGCAAAUCAUACUUUCUUCGUGUUGACGAAUCGUGCCCUGGAGGGACUUCCACGAGGGAAACAUAGUCCUAGUUCCAAGCUCAUGACUAGCUUGCUGCGGUAUCAUAUCUUGCCUGAUCGAUUAUCCAUCCAUCAUAUCGCAGGCCAUCAGACGCUACCGACAAAACUGAAAGAACCAUCUCUUGAAUCAAAGCUGCCACAGAGGAUUGUUGUCCGGGAACACCGCGACGGAGUGGUAUUGAAUGGCAGGAGUAGGGUUGUGGGAGCUGAUAUGAAAACCAAAAACGGCAUGAUUCAUCUAAUAACCAGUCCCCUGCACACACCCCCAGAGACACGCACAUUGCUUCACCACGCACCAGCUCACUUCGACACCUUCAUGAGGGCGUUAGCACGCACGAAACUUGCUAACAGUCUUGACCCGGCUCAACGACAGGGCGGCACCACGUUUGCGCCCACAAACGAAGCCUUUCGACGGCUUGGGGAGCAUGUUAAUCGAUUUCUUUUCUCGGAGAGGGGCGAGGGGUGUCUGCGGGCGCUGAUGCAGUACCAUAUAGUCCCAAAUCGAACGCUGUACUCGGAUGUGCUGUAUAGUCAUAACGGGAAGGCUCAUGGGUUGUUUUCUGGUCCUGGCAAUGCGCAUGAGGGGGAGGGUAAGUGUGUGAGUAGUCCAGAGGAAGACUCUGCAAAUUUGCGGCUGGUGACUUUGUUGGAGAAGGAUUUGGGAGUUGAAGUUAAGAGAGAAUUUGGUGAGGUGGAUAUGCGGGUUAAUGGGUUUGGUAGGGUUGAACGAUUGGAUUUGUUAGCAAGCGAUGGGGUGGUGCAUGGUUUGGAUCGGGUGUUGAUUCCGUCGAGGAAGAUCCAAGAUGAGGUUGUUUUUGAAGAACUGAUGAUCGAGGAGCUUGUGGAGAGCUUGGAUUGUGCUUAUGGGGCUCAUGAACUAUGA